GAAGAGGAGAGGCGCGAGCAGCUGCUGAGGCGCGAGGAGGAGAAGAGACGCGUACAGGAAGAGGAGAGGCGCGAGCAGGAAGAGGAGAGGCGCGAGCAGCAGCUGAGGCGCGAGGAAGAGAAGAGGCGCGAGCAGGAGGAAGAGAGGCGCGAGCAGCAGCUGAGGCGCGAAGAGGAGGAGGAAGAGCUCGAGCAGCAGCUGAGGCGAGAACAAGAGGAAGAAAGGCUGAAGCAGGACGAGGAGAAGCGCGAGCGGCAGCUGAGGCGCCAGCAGGAAGAGGAGAGGCGCGAGCAGCAGCUGAG